UAAACAAAGAGACUCCUUAAAACCCUCAUCCCGGAAAAAAGAAAACCCUUAAACCUCAACUUCCCCGUUCUCCACAAAUACACUGGAAGAAUGGCCGAUUCGAUUCAAUGGAUCCAGCACGUCGAGUUGUACGUCAGCUCCUCCGCUACUCCGUCUCAGCAGGUUGCGAGUGUUGACGCGGUUGCCACUUUGUUAAAGAAUGAUUUGUUAACUCUGGAGGCACUUGUGAGGGAGAUGGAGAUGUAUUUGACUACUACUGAUAGCAUUAUCCGCUGUAGAGGAAUUCUUCUCCUUGGCGAACUUUUGGCACAACUAACAUUGAAGCCCUUGGAUAGUACUUCAAUACAUAGUCUAAUAGGAUUCUUCACAGAAAGACUGGCAGAUUGGAAAGCAUUACGAGGUGCAAUUGUUGGUUGCUUGGCAUUAUUGAGGAGGAAAAGUGAUGUUGGAAGGGUAACUGAUAGUGAAGCAAAGGCUGUUGCUCAAUCUUAUCUCCAAAAUCUGCAGGUGCAGUCCUUGGGGCAACAUGAUAGGAAGCUCAGCUUUCAACUUAUGGAAUGCUUAUUAGAUCGCUAUGCUGGUGCAAUGGCUGAUUUGGGAGAUAACCUUGUAUAUGGAAUCUGUGAAGCUAUUGAUGGAGAAAAAGAUCCUCAAUGCUUAUUGCUCGUAUUUCAUAUAGUGGAAAGUCUUGCACAAUUAUCUCCCGGUCCUUUAGCAAAUUUUGCUGAGGAUCUGUUCGAAAUUUUAGGUUGUUACUUUCCCAUCCAUUUUACACAUCCGAAAGGUGAGGAUGAUGAUGUGAAGAGAGAGGAGCUCGCAAGGGCAUUAAUGCUGGCAUUUGCUUCUACACCUCUUUUUGAACCAUUUUCUAUCCCGUUGCUGCUUGAAAAACUGUCUUCUUCUCUACCAUCAGCUAAGGUGGAGUCAUUUAAGUAUCUUAGCUAUUGCACCGCAAAAUACGGACCGGAAAGGAUGGCAAAACAUGCUGAAGCUCUCUGGGCUUCUCUGAAAGAUACGACCUAUCUUUCACCUCAAUCUAUGCUAUCAAUGGAGCCUGAAUCUAUGAGCAGAAUGAAUUUUCAGGAGAGUGAUGUUAUGACAGAGGCUUUUGUACUUCUGCAGGAAGUUAUUCGACAAUAUGGAGAAUUUAUUAGUUUAAUUAUAGGUGACAAUGACAUAAACGCAUUUCUGAUCUCCCUGAAUCAGUAUAAGGGAUUUGAUGAUAUUCCUUUACAAGUCAAACAGAAAUUGCAUGCAGUUGGUCAUAUUCUGUCAGCUUGUGCUAAAGCCUCUGCAGCAAUGUGCAAUAAGGUCUUCGAGAGUUUCUUUCCUUUCCUCAUGGAUGGUUUAGGCCUUUCAGUUGCACAACCGUCACAAAAUAAUAGCUAUCUAGAUGAAGAAUGUUUUUCUCUGGCCAAAUUUAAAUUUGGACCCCUUUAUCUCUGCAUAGAACUUAUUGCUGCAUGCAAAAGUUUGACCCUGUCCCUUUACAACUGCACAUCGAUCCAUGAUUUUCCUCAUCAGAGAUGGUGUUCACUGCUUAGCAGUUUCUCUGAAUCACUUGUAAAGGCCUUCGUUUCCAUGUUAAGAUCAAAUGUUGCUGAUAAUGAACAGAGUGCUUAUGUUUACUGUGGAGUUAAGGGCUUGCAAAUUCUGGCUACAUUUCCGGGAAGCUUCACACCAGUAUCCAAGUCAGUUAAUGACAAUAUUUUCUUGGAGCUUGUGUCAAUCAUUACUUCUGAUAGCAAUAAGACAUUCGAGUGGACAUCAGCGCUGAAGGCAUUAGUAGAGAUUGGUUUCUCUAUUGAUAAAUGCCUCGACUCUGAGAAAGCGGCAAGCUUUGAGAGUACUGUCGUGGAAAAGAUUGUUUCCCUGAUAUCUUCUCUUGAUUCCGCUAUACCUUUAUCACUCAGAUUGCAAGCAGCUUUCGAAAUAGGAGCUACGAGGAAGGAUUUUAUGCUGAGAGUUGUCCGAGGGUUGGAUGAAUCUAUAGAUACCAAUUUCUCUGCAGUUUUUGAUCAUGGGAAUCACAAGUCUGAUGAACUGACAAUCAAGCUUCUUGAUACUUAUUCUCAGAAGGUGCUUCCCUGGUUUCUUGAGAUUGGAGGUUCUGAGGAAGUUCAGCUAAACUUUGCUCUUAGAAUCUGGGACAAGAUUGAAAAUUUUAGGGCCUUAAACCUCAGUCCUCCAGAAUUUACAAGUAUAUCUUAUCAGGAUCUUCUUGGUGCAACAAUGACUGCAAUGAAGAAGGCUGUUGCAAGUUGUUCGGAGGAAAGCCAGGAGAUAAUUAUCAAUAAAGCUUCAGGAGUACUCUUUUCAAGUACUGUUUUUGGGUCUAUGGGAUUUAAAUCUGGAAGUUCUAUACUCAAAGAGGAAGGGUUGCAGCAAACUCAAAACUAUGGCAAUUCUUCUGGUAGAGAUGAAUGGCUUACUUCAUUAUUUGCUUCAGUUGUUGUAGCCCUCCGUCCUCAAACAGGGAUCUCAAAUAGAAAAAUGAUAUUGCAAUUGUUCAUAACAAGCCUUCUCAAUGGCCAUGUUCCAUCAGCUCAUGCAUUGGGUUCUUUAGUUAACAAGCUACCUUUGGAAACCAAAGGAAUCAAAUCAUCUCGAAGUUUGAGUUUAAAUGAGGCGUUGGAUAUGAUAUUUCAUAGUUUUGUGGGGACUUGUCGCGAUGAUAGUACUUCUGGAAAUGAUGGCAGUGGGGUUAAUAUUAAUAGUUUAAGACUGAAUACCUCAAGAAUACAAUUAGAGUUUAACACUGUUAUUGGAUUAGCCUGGAUUGGUAAAGGAUUACUUAUGAGGGGUCAUGAGAAGGUAAAAGAUAUAACAAUGACUUUAUUGAGUUUCUUGACUCUGGAUUGUGAAGCUGGGGUCUCGAAACAGUUCCAGAAUCUGGCCGAAGUUUUAGAUGAGGAAGGCGUGCAUCAGCUAAUGAAAUGUGCAGGAGAUGCAUUUCAUAUCAUUAUGAGUGACUCUGGAGAAUGUCUGAAUCGUAUGUAUCAUGCAACUGUACGACCACUGUACAAGCAACGGUUUUUCAGCACUAUCAUGCCAAUUUUGUUAUCCUUGGUAGUAAAAUCUGAAUCAUCAUUUGUGAGAUCUAUGCUAUACAGAGCCUUUGCACAUGUUGUCUCUGAUACUCCCCUGACUGCUAUUCUGGGAGAAGCCAAGAAGCUGUUCCCUAUAUUAUUGGAAUGCUUGUCCACGCUGAGCAAGGAUGUAUCUGACAAGGGAAUUAUCUACAGUGUGUUGCUUGUCAUAUCUGGAAUAUUACUGGAUAAAAAUGGACAAGAAGCUGCAGUAGAAAAUGCAUCCAGCAUUGUCAACCAACUCAUUGAACUAACUGCCUACCCUCACAUGAUGGCAGUUCGAGAAACAGCAAUUCAAUGCCUUGUUGCUGUGUCUGAACUUCCCCAUGCAAGAGUUUAUCCUUUGAGAACCAAGGUUUUGCGAACCAUAUCCAAGGCACUUGAUGAUCCUAAGCGAAUUGUUCGUCAAGAGGCUGUCAGAUGUCGGCAAGCUUGGGCUUCAAUUGCAUCAAGAAGUAUUCACUUCUAAAAAUAAAUGAAGGAUUUCCAAUACUAAGCUGAUUGGGCUUGCAGAUUGUCUGAAAUGUGCAUUAUUACUGAUGGUGUUGAUAAAACCUGGGAAAUAUUUCCUCAGGCAUCAACUGUAACAUGUGCAGCAUUCAUAUAGUAUUGAUGUCAUUUGCUCAUCCACCUGGACAUGUAUUGUUAAACCCCGACUUGAGUUGCUGAGAGCAGACAUGCGGUCCUGAUGAGAUCCCACAAGUUUUGCCUCGUAAAAUCUCUCUGGUAGUCUAUGUCACUGCAUAUGUAAUCAACAUCUUUCAAUGGUUAUUUGAGCAACGACGACCCUUGUCAGUCGUCUGUGAUAUAUUGUUGUUGAAUCGCUAAGGGUAUGAUCGGUAAAUAGUAUGAAGAUUUGGACUCUGUAACGGUCUGUGUUUAUGGAUGAAACUCAUCUCAGAACAUGUUGAACUUUUAGAUUCGCAUUGAAGAUGUGUAUUGGUGGUAUAUGUUCUCGUAAAUGGAUGAAUGAAAAUUAGGCCUUUUUGUUCA